UGUCAAUGAAUAAUUGGUGUUCUUUGAUUGGUCAUUGAAGUUAAAUUUAUCAAUAUUAAAAAUUAUUUAUUUCUGUCAUGAACGAAUAAUAAGUCUUGGGGGGCGUUACUUAUCUUAAGUAAACAUAUUUGUACAUUAAUAAACAUGACAUUAUUUUAUUAAUAAUAUCAAAGCAUAUUAAAAUGGCUCAAUCUACCUUCAGCACUGUAGAUGAAUACGGUUUUGAACGACAUGAGGACUUUGAUUAUGAGAGUUAUGAGCACUUUAUGUCCGUUUACUUGAAGGUCCUUGCCUCUCGCGCACAAAAAUGGGCUACUUUACUCGGCGAAGGAAAGUCGGUCAAACGAACAAAUACAGUUAAAAGAUAUGUUCGCAAAGGAAUACCUAGUGAACAUCGUCCAUCAGUAUGGAUGGCAAUAUCAGAAGCAGAACAAAUGAAGGAUCAAUGCCCUGAUCUGUACCAAAAAAUACUAGAUGGUCCGUUUGAAAAGGAACUUGUGGACCUUGUGAAGACAGACUUGCCGCGCACAUUUCCUGACAACAUAUACUUUACCAAAGAAGCCAAUCAUCAGACACAUUUAUUCAAUGUCCUUAUUGCUUACGCACACAACAACAGGGUUGUUGGUUAUUGUCAAGGACUCAACUAUAUAGCUGGUUUACUACUAUUGGCCACUAAGAGUGAAGAAACAUCAUUUUGGUUACUGAAAGUACUAGUGGAAAAGAUUCUGCCUGACUAUUACACCAAAACUAUGGACGGUCUAAUAGUUGACAUUGAAGUAUUAUCAGAACUUGUCAAAUCUAAAGCCCCUGAUGUACAUCAACAUGUGAUAAAUUUGGGAUUACCAUGGGCAGUUAUAACAACAAAAUGGUUUGUCUGUCUAUUCGCUGAAGUAUUACCGAUAGAAACAGUUCUACGGAUUUGGGAUUGCCUGUUUUACGAGGGCUCUAAAAUUCUUUUUAGAGUGUGUAUAACAUUAAUUAAAAAUAAUCGUGCUUUAAUUUUAUCAUGCAAUGACUUUACUUCACUAGCGGAAUGCUUCAAGGCUAUAGUGAAAAAUGCAAGUGCUUUGCAUUGUCAUGAGUUUAUGCAGUCUAUAUUCAAAGUGCCCGGAACAUUGUCUAAUACGACAAUAAUAAAGUUGAGAGCACGAUUUGCGAAGCAGCGUCGGGAACAACAACAAAAGGAGCCGCCUCGGUGAACAACACAAUAAGAACAAGGAACUUUUGAUCUCACUAUAUUCAAAAGAUUACCAAAUUUAAAGUAUGCGACUAACGACUACUUACAUAGCUUUAACAUCUUUUUACUCUUGUUUAAAUAAUUAAAAGUGUUUGUAGCUUAGUCUAUCUCUAUAUUGUAAUGAUCAAGAAAUAAUUAGAGAUGAUUUAAAAUGAAAUCAUGCUUUUAAGCCUAUAAUACCUGAUAUUAUAUUUAUUUGAAGGUAUUAUUGAUAUUGCUUUUAAUCAUGAAUGGUGUGUUAUUUUCAUAAUUUUGCCAUAGAAGUUAGCUGUUAAUACAGCCGCCUAGAAUUCUUACAUUGGACAAAGAAUAUUAGUGUUCAAAUAUAUUUCAGUUUUAAAUACAAGGCAUAAAAACCCUUUACAGCAAUUUCUAAUUGCAUGUGCUAAUAGACAACAUAAAGAAGUACACCGAUCAUCUUAUAGUUGUUUGUUUACAUUUUAAUUUGUACAAAUUCUGCUAGUCUAAGCGCCUUUUGUACAUCUAUUAAUAUAUAUUUAUGUUGACACUUAUUGAAAACUUUUAUUAUUGAAAGUAUGAAUUUUAAUAUGUUUUUUGUUAUAAUAUAAUGUUGCAUAUCAUUUACAAGUUAUGUUAGGUAAGAUAAUUAGGUAUUUAUUUUGGGGAAUUCAACAUUUUCCACUGAUUGUAAUUUAGGAUGAUAAAUGAUUUUGUAAUAAACUAUCCAUUUUUUUCUUUUAAUCUUUUACAUUUUAUUAUGAUUAGAAAGGAAAAAAAAGGCAUAUUGUACAUCCCUUUUAAUUCAAUUGCAUGAUUUGGGGGUGAGUAAAGUAACAAGAAAUACAAUUGCUAUGGUUCUUGCUUAGUUAUUUGUAGGUAUUUUUUGAGAUAAAGAUGUUUUGUAAUAAGAA